AUGCCAAUCCACUGGAGAGGCGUGGUAGUGCUGCUCGGUGAUAUCAUCGCAGCAUUCGUCGAGAAUCGUCAGGCUGCUGCUCGGCCUAAUCCACCCAUGAAUCACAAUGUCGAUCCUGAUGCUGACCUGCGCAAUGAGGUAAUUGAUCUGAUUCGGGACCUAGAGCGUCAUCCAGACGUGCAGCAUGAUCCCGAAGCUCCUGAAGACGUGGAUGACAUUCAGGCCAUGGAUAACCUGCAGCUCCUUCAGAUGCGGUUUAUGUUGCUCCAAUUACGUGCCGAGUUGGAUGAGCCUCCGCCAGCCCACCUGAUCAACGGCCCAAAUGGUCGACGCAUAGGCACCCUCCGAGAAUUCGUCGAUCAGCACUACCAAGCUCGCCAGGACGCUAUCGUUCGAGCAGGGAUAGCUCAGGGAGCCCAGAACGCUCAGAACGCUCAAAACCCGCAGAACGGACCUCAAGCUGUCAACCUCAAUAUCAACGGCCAACAUGCCCAGGUUGUUCACGUGGGCAACAUUGGAGUCCAUGACUUGCUCGACAUACAAGCCGCGGUGGACGAAAAUGAGCCUGUCAACUUCAACAUCAACGGUCGCAACAUCCAAGCCCUUCCUAUCGGCCCUAUUCAAGGCAUAGGCCAACAUACUGUCCAAGCCAUCGAACGAGCUUUGCACGAUCAGAACCAACCCGCCGCCAACGCCGAGCCCAACAACAUACCUCAGCUAAUUCAGCACCUCGCCACCGUCGAGCAGCUCCGAGACCAACAGUACCACCAACUUCGCACUGAAGAGUUGGCACGACGGACACGGAACCCCGGCAUCCGCGAGGAGCAGCCGGAACAGCAGCGCUUGAUCGAUAACAACCUUUUUACACUCCGGACCCAGCUGCGGGACGUCCGCGCCCAGCUACACAUCCUUCGUCAAAUCCACGACGGGCCUGUCAAUAUCGAGCAACGUCGGCACGAUGACGUCCUCGCGAUCAUCCGUGGUUACGCUACACAGGCCACGCCUCAACCUGCACCGCCGCGGCAGCCGCCUCCGCUAGUCGCCCCAAAUAACCAGAUCGCCCCAAACAACCACCUUCCGAACGUGUACAGGUUGGAAGCUGUACCACGGCGGCAGCCACAAGCACAUCCGAUGUUCGCCCCACACCAUCACACUCGGAAUGUGCAUACUCUGGUAGGCUUUGAUCCGGACGCGUUGGAGGAUGAGGAUGAUCGGCGGUGUCCGAUCUGUCUAGCUCAGUUUGAGAAUGGGGAUCGGGUUCGCCGUCUCGGCCGCGUCACCAACAGCGAAGUGGUCUGCAUCCUCAACGGCACUCUGUACAUCCUGUACCAAAAUCCGAGAUGGAUCGCGUACCAAGUUCAGCGCUUCUUGGGACUAGGCGACCAUCCGAUGCCCCUCAGAAUGGAGAUCUUCUUCGGUCAUGCUCCGGCAUGUGUCUGGUUGGCGGUUCAGUCAUACCUGUGCUACCUCGCUCUCUUACGAAUCUACCGCAGACACAAACGAGGCUGGCCGGAAGAAAUCGCGUGGCAGGGAAGAUUUGACUUCGCGCUACGCGCGUUCGACAUUCGUAUCGAGCCUGGCGAGUUCACCAGUCGCAUCCGGCAGCAGCCGAAAGCGCCAUUUCACCCAAUGUUCGAAGUCAAGAGGCACAAGGUCGAAGUACGGACUUUCGUCGGAACCCCAGACCCUGAGAAGCAGUCCGAUUUCGAUGACAAGAAGUGUGUGGUCUGCUGGGCAGAUUUGGCGGAAGGUCAGAAGUAUUGGGAGUUGCCCUGUGAUCACAAGCAUCGAUUCCACCAAGACUGCAUUGAGGAGUAUUGGAAGCAGGAGUUUCGGUGCCUCAGAUGUACCAAGGUUCUCGAGUGGCAGCUAGCGGUUAGAGAGUAG